AAAUAAAUAAAUUGUUGAAUGAAGAAGAAAGGGGAAGGCAGACCAGAGGUCGCCUAAUCAUUCAUUUUCAGACAGACGAAACGAAACGAAGCGAAUCUCUCUGAUCUGAGGGAGUCACAGUCUGAGAAGGAGAAGAAGAGAGAUGCACAGAUCAUCGAGUGCUUCGAGAGUCUCUGAGGAUGCCUUCUUCUACAGCUCCAUCUCCCCUUCCCUCCCCCCUUCCUCCUCCUCUUCUUCUUCUUCUUCUUCCUCCUCCUCCCGAUCGAGAUCCCUGAGGCCGAGCUGUUCCGACACCGAGCUCCCCACCUUCGAUCCCCUCUCCCGGGCCGCCGAGAGAGAGCGCCUACGCCACCGGACCGCCGAGAACGCCGUCCACGCCAUCCCCCUCCUCCUUCUCUUAUGCGCCGCCAUCCUCUGGAUCUUCUCCUACCCAGUUGUCUCGUUGAUGGCGGCAGAUUAAAGGAAGGUGGAGGUCUGACCAGCGAAGGCAUCUAAUCUAUAUAUAUAUAUGUAUAUAUGAAGGUUAGCUUAGAUCACAUUCUUUCCCGCUCACCGACGCAUUUUCAUUCUUACUCCUUUGCCAAGAACAAGAAAUCCUUGCUUUCCCCAGAGGAGGUUCAAAUGACAUUCAUUUCAAUGAUUCUUCGGCA